CACCAGUUAGUUAGCUGAUAUGACAGAGGCACGGGGUAUAGCAGGGAGGUCCAGAGUAACACUAUCAGUUAUUUGCACAUGUUUCUAAGAGGGUGUGUGCGUACUUUUCCAUAUGCAUUGCCUGAACACUCAGUUUAAAACUGACAAAAUUUGUCACACUUGUGUCGCACAGCAGCUCCCUGUAAUAAUUUUCAAGGACUAAUGUUGCAUUAAAGUCUGUUGUUUUUCCAGAAGAUGCUUGCUUCCUUCUUUGUGGUCGUUCUGGGGUUGUGCUGCUGCUUCAAGGAAAGCAGUCAGUUUUUUCUGGGGCAUCCACAACUGUAUGGCCCCAACGAGGCUUUGGUGAAAACGUAUGUAGAGUUUCAAUGUGAAGUGCCAAACCACCCGAUAAAUCAUGAAAUCCUGCUGCAGAUAUUUAAGGAGGAUGACCCCAACAGGGCAUUGGGUGAAUACACUUCACUGGAAGGGGAGGCCGCAAACAUUCCCAUGGUUAUCCAGAAGCGUUAUGACGGCUAUCUGAAGUGUGUGGCUAGUGUACAAAACCGCUCUAUCUCUUAUAUUAAUUCCACGUCCAGCAACCUACACUAUUUAAAGGUUAUUGAGCCGGUGAAAGGUGCACAGAUCAUCAAUUCAGGUCCAGAUGACUUCUUUGAGGGAGAAACACUUCAGCUAAUCUGUCAACUUAGCGCUGGAAAUUAUAUCUCCUACAAAUGGCUGCACAAUGAUCAGCUUGUAUCGCCGUCUUCCCUCCGUCGUAUUUAUAACAACCAGCUCACGAUCUACAGAACAAAUCCUCAAGACAGUGGCUCCUACAAGUGUGUGGCUACCAACGUCUUCAACAAAACAGUCUUCACCUCCAACAGCUCUGAAAUUGAAAUCACAGUUAAAGAGUUUGUGUCAACCCCUGACAUCUCCUUCACUGUGUUGAAGGAAGAGCCACAAAAUUAUUUUGCGAUAGUUGUCUGUAACUCAACACGAGGAGAUCUGCCUAUCACCUACUCGCUGUACCGUGGGAACGAGCAGGUCAUCAACAUGACAGUGGAAGAGAGACAUUCCGUAUUUAAGCUUCCUUUGGUCUUGGACCGCCACUUAGGCUUUCUCAGAUGCCAUGCGAGCAACGGAGAACAGACCACAUACAGUCAGUGGUUGCCCUUGCAUGUUGUCCCUGUUAGUGGACCUGUGACAAUGCAUUAUGACUACAACACUGGAGAAAACUACGCUGUAACUGGCCUGAGGUUCUACUGCAAAGUGGAGAAGGGAUCACAUCCACACUAUCAGUGGUUCCACAACAAAACCCUCCUACAGGAUCGAGGAACCUACUACUGUGUGGUGGACCAGAUGCCACAACGAUCGAUGCUCCUGCUAUCUGUGGGGAGGGAAAGCGCUGGGACGUACUACUGUGAAGUAUCAGACAGCUUCGACAACAGCACCGCCAUAAGCAGCAAGAGGCGAUAUUUAGAUAAAGAAGUGCUGAACCGCAUUCCUGACUUUGUAGUGGGAGUUGUAUUUGGAAGUUUUGCCUUUUUGAUUUUCCUGAUGUCUGCUUGUUGCUGGAUUGGAGUGAUUUUCAGGAAGAGGCAGUAUGGAGAAAAGUCUCUGUGGAGCUUGGAGAUGCAGAGAAGCAAAGCUGUAUAUGAGGACGAGCUGGACUUUUCAGUCCACAGUGACGAUUCUGAUCUGCUGAAAGCAGUGAGAGACAAUGAAUUCGAUCAGGCAUCUGAAGACUCUGAAGAUGAAUGGCCCCAGAUUCAGAAGAAGACUUUGAAGGAUGAACCAGUUUAAAGAACUACGUGGAUGUUUGCUCUCUAAACGUGAACUGUUGUAGUGAAAUAAACAUUUGGUCAGUGCUGCAGCUUCCUUACAGGAUGAGCACUUUUACCAGUUAUCUGUAAAACAGUGUGAUGAUGGAGUUAAGUCAGAGGUGCCCAGUUUAAUACUGAUGAGGAUGAGGGAAACAAAAUUAAGAAAGAAAGAAAUCUCUUUAACCAGUGGGAUCAUUUUUGACCCCUGUUGUGUAUUUAUAUGUGCCUGUGUGAUAUUUUUUGAUUGCAAAAUUUUUUCUAACAUGAGUUUGUCAGUUUACUUGUUCCACAGCUUUUCUCUGUGCUUUACAGGAAUUGGGCGAUUUGUAUGCACGGAUUAAGGAAAGUUAUGUGGAGUAAUUAAUGUGUUUGUUUGGUUUGUUUAUUUUUAUCAUCAUUUUCACUCGUAAUCUCUACAUUGUAAUGUUUUGCAGUGAAAACUGGCUAACAGACCAGGAUAUAGCAAGCUUGACUCUGAGUGUUUCAGAACAUAUUAAAUAUUACAUAUUUAAAAACAACAAAUUUGUUUAGACUGUGUUUGAAAUAGAAGAAAGGAUGAAAACACGGCUGGGCUAUGAUGAUUUUAUUGUAAUUAUUUGUUGGUCAAAUUAUUACAAAGUUAUCAGUUCAUCUAUAUUUUGGUGUGAAAAAUGAUGAUAGCAUAUAAUUUAGCAUAGCAAUGUUUUGUUUUUUUUUUUGUUUUUUUUUGGGGGGGGGGGGUAAAUGGUAAAACGU